AUGUCUACUACCGCAGAUAAAUUGAGAGCUCAAUUCCCCGAUGUGAAUUAUCUGAAGUUAACUGCAGCCUCAGAGAAGCCUGAAUAUCGGUAUCCUGGAUUUCGACCAGGCAAGGAGAUACUCCCAAAGGGUCAUGUCAGAGACAGUGGCCACCGGGCUUUCCACACGGACGUCAUUUUCGAGCGUGAUGUGGGCGUACUCAUGAGAGACGGCAUCACUAUUUAUACCGAUAUCUUUCGACCUGUUGAUUCAGACACGACUAAGAUCCCAGCAAUUCUGCCUUGGAGCCCCUAUGGGAAAACUGGCAGCGGUGUAUACCGUUAUGAGGAUCAAGGACCCUUCAGCUGUGGCGUUCCCAAAGGAGCCACGACUGGCUAUGAAAAGUUCGAGGCGCCAGAUCCAGCGGAAUGGUGCCCACGAGGAUAUGCAAUCGUCAACAUAGACGCUCGGGGAGCUGGUAUGUCGGAGGGCAAUACUGUGUGGUGGGGUCAACAGGAAGCAGAAGAUAUAUAUGACACAAUUGAAUGGCUGUCGCACCAGUCUUGGUGCAAUGGUUCAGUUGUCAUGGCCGGAAACUCGUGGCUUGCAAUCGCUCAAAUAAACUUUGCUUCCCGAUUGAGCCACCCAGCAUUGAAAGCCAUUGCGCCGUUCGAAGGCAUCAACGACCCUUAUCGCGAUGGCAUGGUUCGGGGUGGUAUUUUGUCGAAAGGGUGGAUAGCUUUCCAUCAAACCAUAAACGCUGGAUUUGCUGGGCCAGGCUGUGCAGAAGACAUAGGAGGUGCGGUGCUCAAACGCCCUCUUUACGACGACUACUGGCGUAGCAAAAACAUCAAUACAGCAAAUAUCGAUAUACCUUUAUAUGCUACAGCAUCGUACUCUGCCACUGGGUUUCAUCUCGAUGGCUCGAUCAAAACUUGGAGGAAUGCUAAGAGUAAGAACAAAUGGCUGAGAAUACACUCCCACCAGGAAUGGUACGACUUGUAUCGGCCAGCAGUCACGGAAGAUCUGCAGAAAUUCUUCGAUCGAUAUAGCAAGAACAUCGACAAUGGAUGGGAGCAAACGCCACCAAUAAGAUUAUCUCUCCUUGGAAUGGAUGGCAGUCCGGCACUCACGAUCAUAGAUCGGCCAGAGAAAGAUUAUCCGUUGGCCAGGCAAACACUCGUCAAGUACUACCUUGACGCUUCAAAUCGGAGUCUAAGCCUUGAUGUACCUUCAUCAAUCUCGGAGACAUCGCAUGAGGCUCAUAGUCUGACAGCCGCAUCGAGCUUUAUCCUACGUUUCUCAGAGCAUACGGAACUCGCUGGCUAUCCAAAGGUUACCCUCUGGAUGUCUUGUGCUGAGAAGGACGAUCUUGAUGUUGGUGUGGUAGUCCGCAAACUUGACUCUAUGGGUGAGCCGAUGACUUCGCUCAACUAUCCCUGUCCCGUUCCCCAUCACGAAGUGACUACUACGAUGAUAUCAAAGUCAUAUGGUUCCGAGGGAUUUCUCCGUGCCUCACAUACCAUUUCCAGGGAUGAUUCGCUUUCGAGUCUCGACGGACAGGAGAUCUUCUAUCACCAUGAUCGCCGUGAACCGGUUCCUCCAGGAACAAAAGUUCGUUUGGAAUUCACAAUUCGACCAAUAGGUAUGGUAUUUGAGAAGGGUGAGGGCCUACUAUUGAGCGUUGCAGGCCAUUCUCAAGCAUUGCUUUCGUUUGUUGGUCUUGAGCCAAAAGAGCCGACAGACGAUAAUGUUGGUCUGCAUACUAUUUAUACUGGGGGAGAGUACGAUUCAAACCUGAUAAUUCCUGUGGUAUAG